CAACCAUGAGUUCGUUUUUGUUUCCUUCUUCUUCUCCGAUUCCCAAAUCUCACUGGCGCGCGAACUACAUCCCUAAACCUAACCGCCCGAUUACACUCCCUCUUCUUCACGGCAACUCCUACUCCUCGUGGAGAGUGUCUUGUAAACUUAGUCUCGAUUUCGAGGAAAGCGCCGUGGAGGAGGAAGAUGAUGAAAUCCCUCAGUUUCUCGAUUUCUCUGCAGAGGAGGGGGAGGAGCCAAGUUUCGACAAGGAGACGGUUUCUGCUCCUACUACGACGCUGAUGCAGAGGAAGAAGAAGAAAGGAGAUGAAGAGAGCUUAGAAGAUAGAUUCAAGCUCAGAAAUGGAAAAGAGGUAUUUGAGGAGAAGGCGUAUCUAGUGGGAGUGGAAAGAAAGGGUGAUGGAGAGUGUUUGUUUGAUAUAGAGGAGUCCCUCGAGGAGCUUGAACAGCUUGCUGAUACUGCUGGUCUUAUGGUCGUUGGUUCUACCUAUCAAAAGCUGGCUUCCCCAAAUCCUAGAACAUAUAUUGGAUCCGGAAAGGUCUCAGAGAUUAAAAGCGCUAUUAAUGCACUUGACGUGGAGACUGUCAUCUUUGACGAUGAACUUUCACCAGGGCAAUUGCGUAACCUGGAAAAGGCCUUUGGUGGGGAUGUUCGAGUUUGUGACCGUACCGCCCUUAUCUUGGAUAUUUUCAACCAAAGAGCCGCAACUCAUGAAGCAGCCUUGCAGGUUGCUCUAGCGCAGAUGGAGUACCAAUUACCACGAUUAACUAGAAUGUGGACUCAUCUUGAGCGUCAAUCAGGUGGCCAAGUUAAGGGUAUGGGAGAAAAACAAAUUGAAGUUGAUAAGCGAAUCUUGCGUACCCAAAUUGGAGUUCUCAAAAAAGAGUUGGAAUCUGUUAGAAAGCAUAGGAAGCAGUAUAGAAGCCGGCGUGUUGCUAUACCUGUUCCUGUUGUAUCUUUGGUUGGUUACACAAACGCUGGAAAGAGUACACUUUUGAACCAAUUGACUGGUGCUAAUGUUCUCGCUGAAAAUCGUUUGUUUGCGACCCUUGAUCCAACUACGAGAAGGGUUCAGAUGCACAACGGGAAGGAGUUUCUUCUCACAGAUACUGUUGGCUUUAUUCAAAAGUUACCAACCACCUUGGUUGCUGCUUUCAGAGCAACACUCGAAGAGAUAUCAGAGUCAUCCCUUUUGGUACAUGUUGUUGACAUCAGCCACCCACUGGCAAAUCAACAAAUAGAAGCUGUAGAAAAGGUCAUGUCCGAACUCGAUGUUUCAUCAAUCCCCAAAUUGGUAGUGUGGAAUAAGGUUGAUAGAGUGGAUGAUCCUCAAAAGGUCAAGCUGGAAGCAGAGGAACAUGGGGAUGUAAUUUGUAUAUCUGCUCUGACUGGAGAAGGACUAGACAAAUUCUGCAGUGCUGUUCAUGAGAAGCUUAAGGAUUCAAUGGUAUGGGUUGAAGCGCUUUUGCCAUUUGAUAAAGGGGACCUUCUAAGCACCAUACACAAGGUUGGAAUGGUGAAAGAAACUGAAUACACAGAGAACGGGACCCUUGUCAGGGCACACGUUCCGCUUCGUUUUGCACAGCUGCUUAAACCUAUGAGACACUUGGUCAAAGAUGCUUCCAUAUGCAAACUAGGGUGAAGUAGAAUUAUAGCAAGAACUUGAAGGCCUGUCUUUUCCUUGCAAUUGUAGACCAGAUGUGGUCGGCCAGAACCACAACAAGUUCUAACAACUUCCUGAACAUAAACCACAAAGAAAGACAGUAAGAAUAUUCGUCAGUAAAAAAAAGAAUGUGGAUAUACACAAGCAAUAUAAGCUUGAACCCUAGUUGACAUUGUGUACUGGCACACCCUUUUUUGUACAGAGAGUUAGUAUUUCUGUUGGAAACAUAUAACAAUUUCAGUUAACCAAAAUGGGCGGCUAGCUCGUCGAUACAUGAUUUACU